AUGAGCAUGACAUGUUCUUCCAACGUAACCCCAUGUGAAAGCAAUGUGUGUGGGAAGGUUUCCAUGUGUCAUUCACUCUUCCAUAACCAUCCUACCUCUCACUCUCAGUACAAACCAUGUGAGCAUGAGGAGUAUGGAAACAAGCCCCAGAACUCUAACUCUCUCACAAGCUGUCAAAGACAUAUGAGAACUCACACUGUGAAUGGACCUUUUGAAAAUAAGACAUGCUUAAAUUAUUUAGAUUUUCCAGGAUCAUUGGUAAUACAUCAAGAGUCAGACAGUGCAAAAAAUCACGACCAAGUAUACAGAAAGUCUUCUCCUUAUGGAAGUUCGCUUCACACUUAUGAAGAAAUUCAAAUUGUAAGAAUAUAUGACCAAUGUAAUAUAGUUCUUUAUAUUUACAUGAAAAAAAUCCAUACUGGAGGAAUACCAUAUGAAUAUGAACACUGCCAUAAAGCCUUUACAUAUCUUAGUCAUCUUCAAAGACAUAAAAGAACACAUAAUGGAGAGAAAACAUAUGAUUGUAGGCAGUGUGAUAAAACUUUUACACAGCACAGUCAUCUUGAAAAACGUGAAAAAAUUCAUACCGGAGAAAAACCCUAUGAAUGUGAACAGUGUGGUAAAACCUUUUCAGGUAAUAGUGAUCUUCUGAGACGUAAAAAAAUUCAUAUUAGUGAAAAGCCCUGCAAAUGUACACAGUGUGGUAAAGCCUUUAGAUGUCACAGUCAUCUUCAAAGACAUGAAAAAAUUCAUACUGGAGAAAAACACUCUGAAGAGAAACCCUAUGAAUGUAGCCAUUGUGGUAAAGCCUUUAGAAUUCACAGUUGUCUUCAGUUACAUGAAAAAAUUCAUACUGGAGAAAAACCCUAUGAAUGCAAAAAGUUUGGUAAAGCCUUUAGACGUCACAAUAAUCUUAAAUUGCAUGACAGUGUUCAUACUGGAGAAAAACCCCAUGAAUGUACACAGUGUGGGAAAGCCUUUAGAUGGCACAAGGAUCUUCAAUUACAUGAAAAAAUUCAUACUGGAGAAAAAUCACAUUAAUGCAAACAGUGCGGUAAAGCCUUUAGGUGUCACAGUGAUCUUCAAAGACAUGAAAUAAUUCAUACUGGAGAAAAACCCUAUGAGUGUACACA